UGUUGUUGUAUUUGUCAUGAUCAUAUGAUGUUAUCUGAUAAGGAUGUAAACCUAAAUGUAACAUUUAUGGGGAAAUUAUUAUGUUCAGUUUAAUUUAUUGAUAUAAAGUUGUUUAUAUGACCAAAUAAUUAUUUACGAAAUUGUGACAGACAAGCUCUAACAGUGAGUAGUAAACUUUAGAGACGGAAUCAGAACAUUAGAAAUCACAAUCUUACAUUUUGUUUGUCAGUUUUAUUUAGCAUGGUUGAAUGCAAUCGUUGUGGCAAAGUUUUUAAAUACGAAAGCGAACGCAAAAGACAUGAGCUCAGUCAUUUACCAGGAUUUGAAUGCAAUAAAUGCGGCAAAAAGUUCACAUAUAGUUCGGCUUUAAAGCGUCACCAGAAGCAACAUGAAAGGACGGGAACAGUUAAAUGUGAUAAAUGUAAUCAUUGUUUUAAAGAUUCAGUUCUUCUCAAACGCCAUAUGAAAUAUGCCCAUGAAGGUACACACAUUUGUAAAGAAUGUGAAGCACAAUUUAGUAGUCACCAGGCUCUCCGUGUUCAUAUGUUAACACACAAGCCAAAGUCAGAGCGGAGGUAUUCUUGUAGAUAUACUGAUUGUAACAAAACAUUCAAUUUCUCGCAUCACCUCAAAUAUCAUGAGAUGACGCACACAAACAAUCGACAGCACUUUUGUGAUGUUUGUGGAAAAGGUUUCAUCCAAUCACACAAUUUAAAGGUGCAUAUGAAAACCCAUGAAGCUAGUAAGAGGUUAUUAUGUGAAAUGCCCAACUGUAUGAAAAAAUUUAAUUCUGAAUCCGCUCGGAGAAGACACUACGCUCGACAUAAAAAAUUACCUAUUAAUGAAGAGCCAACUGAUAAUUUGGUAAAUGCAGCAUCUUCUGAAGGUGAUCCAUGUUCUCCAUGUGACCAGUCCGAUGUUCCUUCAUUUCCCGAAGAUCAUGAGCUUAGCACGGAAAGAAAUAUCAAUAUAGACUUAUCUUCUAGUCAAUUAAAAAAAACUAUAGAAGAAUAUCAAGUUGGUAUUGAAGAUGAUUUGCAUGAAGAUAUGGUUGAUUCAAUGGGAUGUGUUAACACAUGUAGAUCUGUCUUAGGCAAAUGUUUGGUGACCGGGGAUACAAGUGGAAAUGGAAACUGUUUAUGUGAUCAAAUGGUUAAAGGGAAUAAUAAUGAAGACACCAAAAAUCUGGAAAAAGAAAACAAAAAGCUACUCGAUGUCAUUGAAAGAAGUAAUGAUUUAAAUAUAUCAUGUGAUGGUUGUGCAUGUUCUAAUACAGACAAAAUAGUAGAGAAUAUGAAAGAAGUAAAUAAUUAUUGUAUGCCAGAAUUAGAAUAUGUUAAUGGGGUUAUUAAAAUAAUUAAUACAAUUGACUCAGAUUUAGAAGGAUUUGUUGAUAAUAACACAAAACCGAUGACUAAAUCUAAAUGUGAUUCCGAAACGAUUCCGUAUAACAGUUGCAAGGCAAUUUUAGGUACUUGCAUAGUGAGUGGUAAUGGAACGAUUAGUGAGGAUUGUCUGUGUGCCAAAAUGUUGAUGGAUGACCAACAAAUGAUUAGUCAAGAAAUGGAAGAAAUUACACCCCAUCCAUGUGAUUCUACGAUGUGUUUGUGAUUUAUCAUCCAUUGUUUUUUAGAAGUGCCUUAUUGUUCUACAAGUGAGAUUUUAUUUUAUUUUCAUGGUAAAAAUUUACAUAUACAUUAUCAAGUGCCAUGA